GAGCCACAGGUUAAAAAAAAACAUAGUAUCAUAAGUAUAUAUGUGUAUGUGCAGAGGUUACGUAUUUAGUAAGUCCUGGCUAUUCACUUAGUCAACAUGGCACCCAGAGGUAUGAUCACUGUGACCAUCGUUCUCCUCUGCUUCAUACUGGGCCUGUUCAGUCCAGCUCCAGCUGCCCUUGGUUCUCGUGUGGGCAAAGCCUGUUGUACGAGAUACAAUAGGAAGCCAGUACCUUUCCAGCGUAUAAAGGGCUACAGAGAACAAACCACCAAGGAAAACUGUCGCCUCGAGGCGAUCAUUUUCUACACGAUCAAGAAGAAUGAGAUAUGUGCUACUCGGAAGGAUGAGUGGGUGAGGAAAAAUCUGGAAUUACUCAGUUCAAAACUGAAGUUGAUGUCCAAGGCCGGCUCAGCUGCAGGUGAAACUCUGAUGAAGGAAACUGUGAACCCUAUAUUUAAUGAUGGAAGUCGAUCUCUCUUCAGCACCACAGAGACCGUACCAAACAGCACUGAAAGUUUCUAUUAGCUAAAACCAGGUUGUGGCCUCAGAGAUUUGGAGCUAAAUCAUUUGCGUUACAGAAAUGCCAAUAUGAGGGAGUUUGAGAGAAAUUGAACCUACUGUAAUCCAGUCAUGUUGGGGAUAUUAUCUCUGAGAAAGCAAAGAAAUGCUAAUUACUUUUACUUGCCUAAACAUAUGCAGCCUCAGCCCUAAUACUCCAUUUAAUCAUGACUUAAGGGGAACCUGAGAAGAACAGCUUUGAGACUGUUGAUGUAGAUUAUGUGCUUAGCCACUUAGCAAAUGUUUUUCUGAGCUUUUUUAAACAUGCUUUUGUGACGAUGCAGGUUUAUUCUCUGCAACAAAUCUCCUGUUUAAUCAAGUUAAUGUGCCAAUAGCAAUUCUCGCAAAUAAAUAAAUUUACU